UUCAAGAUGGCGGCCGGGACUAAUCAUAGAGACUGCGGACCUUUCUGUGACCUACAAGGACUCGUCUCCCACCACCCCGCUCAUCUUCGUCCUGUCCACGGGAACAGACCCCGCGGCGGAUCUCUACAAGUUUGCUGAGGAGAUGAGAUUCUCCAAGAAACUUAACUCCAUCUCUCUGGGACAGGGACAGGGUCCACGUGCUGAAGCCAUGAUGCGCGGGAAGUGGGUGUUCUUCCAGAACUGCCAUCUCUCCCCCAGCUGGAUGCCCACACUCGAGCGGCUCAUCGAGAACAUCGACUCUGACAAGGUCCACCGUGACUUCCGGCUGUGGCUCACCUCCAUGCCCAGCCCCAAGUUCCCUGUACCCAUCCUUCAGAACUCCUCCAAGAUGACAGUAGAACCGCCACGAGGCAUCAAGGCCAACCUGCUCAAGUCUUACACCGGCUACAACGACGACUUCUUGAACUCAUGUACCAAGUACUAAGGUCUGUGGACUAUCAGACUGAGCAGAAGCCUUACCAGUGCCUGUAGAGUGAGGAUGUCUCCCCAGGACCGAGAUGACAGCCAAUGAGGG